GUGGCUCAGCCGAACUGUCAGCAGCUCUUGGCCACGCUGUGGUACGACGGCUUCCCGGGCUGGAGGAGACGACACUGGGCGGUCAAGCUGGUCACCUGCUUCAUCAUCGGACUCCUCUUUCCUGUCUUCUCUCUGAUCUACCUGUUGGCUCCUAAAAGCGCCGUGGGUCGCUUCAUCAAGAAGCCCUUCAUCAAGUUCAUCUGUCACACAGCGUCCUACCUGACCUUCCUCUUCCUCCUGCUGCUGGCCUCUCAGCACAUCGCCCGCACCAACCUGCACAUGCAGGGACCCCCACCCACCAUCGUCGAGUGGAUGAUCCUGCCAUGGGUGCUGGGUUUCAUCUGGGCAGAGAUCAAAGAGAUGUGGGACGGGGGAUUCACAGAGUACAUCCACGACUGGUGGAACCUCAUGGACUUCGCCAUGAACUCGCUCUACCUGGCCACCAUAUCUCUGAAGAUCGUGGCGUACGUUAAGUACAACUCCUCUCGGCCCCGGGAGGAGUGGGAGAUGUGGCACCCCACGCUGAUAGCCGAGGCUUUGUUCGCCAUCGCCAACAUCUUCAGCUCCCUCAGACUCAUCUCCCUCUUCACCGCCAACUCUCACCUCGGGCCUCUGCAGAUCUCACUGGGUAGGAUGCUGCUGGACAUCCUCAAGUUUCUCUUCAUUUACUGUCUGGUCCUGCUCGCGUUCGCUAACGGUCUGAACCAGCUGUACUUCUACUACGAGACCAAGGCCUCAGAAGAGCUCAACAACUGCAAAGGCAUCCGCUGUGAGAGGCAGAACAACGCCUUCUCAACGUUAUUCGAGACCCUCCAGUCCCUCUUCUGGUCCAUAUUCGGUCUGCUGAAUCUCUACGUCACCAACGUGAAGGCUCGGCACGAGUUCACAGAGUUCAUCGGGGCGACCAUGUUCGGGACGUACAACGUGAUCUCUCUGGUGGUGCUGCUCAACAUGCUGAUCGCCAUGAUGAACAACUCCUACCAGCUCAUCGCCGAUCACGCAGACAUCGAGUGGAAGUUCGCCCGCACCAAACUCUGGAUGAGUUACUUUGACGAGGGCGGGACGCUGCCGCCGCCUUUCAACAUCAUCCCCAGUCCCAAGUCCAUCCUGUACCUGCUCGUGUGGCUCCACACCAAGCUGUGCCAGAGGGGCCAGCCGCCCGGGGAAGACUCGCAUAAGUGUGAAAACCUCAGAGAGUUCACGGAGCGGCACGCUGACAGUCUGAUACAGAACCAGCAUUACCAGGAAGUGAUCCGGAGUCUGGUGAAGAGGUACGUGGCGGCCAUGAUACGCAGCGCCAAGACGGACGAGGGACUGACAGAGGAGAACUUUAAGGAGUUGAAGCAAGACAUUUCCAGUUUCCGUUACGAAGUCCUGGACCUCCUCGGCAAUCGGCGUCCUCCACGGCGGCACUACUCCUCCUCCAGUGAAACAGCGAAAGAUGACGGCGCCGGGGCCUCAGAGGAUGACAGCGAAUCAGGCGACGGCAGUGGAGGCCAAAGGUCAAAGGGCGUGACGUUCAUGACUCCGCUGGAGGACGACAAGCUGCCCGAACCAGAACAAGGGGUGUCCGCUUUGGUCCGCUCCAUAUCAGGAAUGACCCAGAUGGAAAAAACGGGGGACGACGACGAGGUGGAUCUGGAGGAAGGCAUCGGAUGGGGGGAAGAGGAGGAGGAUGAGGAUGGGAAACCAAAGAGCAACGGGCUGAAGACAAACGUCAUGCCUUCAUCCUCCACCUCCGUCCUCCCCUCCCAGUCUUCGUCGUUCGCCAUGGCGUUGUCCUCGUCACUUUCUCGCACAAGGACUCGCCUUCAACGCCUCUCAUCUCCAGGAUCAAAGACAGACUCUUUCAAGCGCCUCUCCUACCUGUUCUCACGCUCCAAACGCAAAGCCCCACCGCUGCCUCUCCCCCUGCAGUCCCCACCCUCCUACACUAUCUCUGACGGGCUGCUGCGCCCCUUAGGGAGCCACAGCCACUCCGACUUUGGACUCAGUAACGUGACCAGGAGCGAGACUCACCUGCACGAGGUGGGCCGCUCAGUCGACAUCAAUAACCCCUCGUUCUCACCACGGAGAACGAAUGGGCGGGACUCCCUUCUGACACUUCCCCUCCCACCCCCGUGUCCCUGCCAAUCCCUGCACUGUGCUUCCAACAUGUCCGAGUCCAGCUCACGCCUCCUGGACUCCAGCGAGGACGUUUUCCAGGGCGGAGGCGUGGGAGGAUCAGGCGAGGGCGGUGUGGACGGAGGAGGAGGGGGAGGAGGUGGGGUUAUGCUGAUGGGCGGCUGGGUGGGACCUUGCGACGAUGUCAUAGAGGACACCUGCGAGGUCAUAGAGGACUCUGUCACCACGCAGCUAUAGGAGAAAAGGACAAACUGUUUUUCUUUGUUUGUUUGCUAACGGCUUCACACAGAGAGGGACAGAGAGAGAGAGAGAGAGAGAGAGAGAGAGGGAGGGAGGGCGAUGGGAGGGCCGGGAAUUCAAUGGAAUCUGUUCUAGAACUCAGCAGAGCGGAUUCUGGAAUUCCGACGUGGAGUUCUACUAGAGUGCCGACUUUCCAAAAACGGAGCAGCCUCAGUGAUGGUUCUGGUUGGACCUGUGACAGCAGAAGGGAUCCUCAUUGGCGGAUGUUCAUAAAGACAGUUUGACAUCGUCAGGUUGUCGAGGAAGGGAAUGUGUCACAGUCACUUUAGUGAACUCCAAAUCAAUUGCACGGAUUAGCUAGAAAGCACUACGGCCAACAAGAUACCAAGCUAACCAGUUAUUACUUGGUAUAACUAACCAGAGAGAAAGGGAGCUAACUAGGUAACUUGCCAAAGAGGUACCCAUCUAGAUAAUAAGCUAACUAGCUAGAGAGAAGGUCAGGGUCAAUAGAAUUGCACGGAUUGGCUAGCAAGCACUGUGGCCAAAGAAAACCAAGCUAACCAGUUAAUAGUUGGCCAGAGAGCGAAAGGGAGAUAACUAGGGUACUUGCCAAAAAGCUUAGUAUCUAAAUAAUAAGCUAACUAGCUAGAAAGAAGGUCGGCUUGCAAAGAAAUGGACGAGUGAGUUAAAGCUCCAAAUAGGGAGCAAGCAAAGCAACCCGUUAGCAAGCUACUGAGGGAACCAAGUGAGUAACCUGCUCAUGAGCUAAUCCCCGCUGACUUCACUUACUAGCUAGCGGCUGAGUGAGCAAAGUGACUUCAGAGUAAAGACACGACUCAGUAUGAUACAUUGCCGCACACUUUAUGAUCCCCUCAGGGAAAUUUGUAGGAAGGCUAAUCUGGUAGGGAGCUAUCAGAUGACCUUCAAGUGAUAUAACAGCUACCAAAGUAACUGCUAGUGAGCUACUAGCUAGAGAGUACGGGUGUGCAUCUACCCUAAACUGAUUGACCUAGCUAGACUUGGUGAGCUAACCACAGAGGCAGUAACUGAUCUGCCAAAGUCAGGUCUAUAAUCUGACCUUGCUUGAUAGAGCUAACUAGCAAGAGGCCAGAUGUGCAAAGAAAGUAGCUCAUAAGGGAGUUAACCCCCCAGCUGUUGUGACGAUCACGAGAAUCCUAAAUUACAAACAUGUAUUACUAACUGUGCUGGUCUCUGGGAGACUCAGUUUGUGAUGGGGACUACAUAUAUCACAUUAUAUCCACGGUCAAACUGUCUUCAUAAACAUCUGCCAGACAUUUCCAGACAUGCCACAGAGGAAGAGUACAAAUUUCCUUUGGGAGAUUCAAACACGCAUGGCCAUUAUGGAAUUACAACCAACCAAAGCAACUUUUCAGAACGGGAAUAUCGUCAAAAGUCCACGUUUGGUUUCAAACACGCGACCCUGUCUUUCCCUUUAACCAAACUUCACUGGAUUAAAAUGGAAUUAAAUCGGCUUGAAAUCAUUGGAAUUGGAACAGGACUAAACUUGAACUCUGAUUUACCUCCUGCCAAAUGGAUUGGACAUGGGUCCCCGGACUUCUGCCAGACUGGAAAUUGUGAGCUUUAACCACGACAAAACGGAAUAACCUCCCCUUUAACUCUGGAUUAAACUCUGACCGAAUCACUGGGAUGAACGGAAACAGCAUGGAACCAUUGCUCUGCUGUCGAUAGCCUGCACCCCCUCUCUCUGCAUCAACAAGGGCCAAGGAACUUUAUUUUAUCCUAAUAACAGUUAUACUAGUAAUAAUAAUAACGAUCAUAAUAAUAAUAAGUGACUUCUAAUAAUAGUUAUGAGGACUAUUCUGGUUUCUUAAGACUGUCUUUGCUUCUAUUUGAGUUGCCUACAAUAUUCUGGCUUCUCGUUCAGCUCUUCCUUAAUAAGUACACUUUAACCUGAUGAAUAAAAAUAUAUGGUGAUAUUUCUUGUGAAGAGGAUAAACGGCGGUGUGAAAGGAAGGGAUAGAAAAAGAGGAAUGGGAUUGAAUUCGGAGGGUUUUGUGAGAAAAGCACAGAAAAGGAACGCGACCGAGGGAAAGAUUGUGAACCGCUGAGGAUGAGAUGGAGAAGUGGAGUUUGCCUUUCUAUCUGGGAAAUCUAUUUUAAAGGGAAAUUUCACCAGAAUUUCAUCAUGAUAUAUAUUUUUUUCUCUUGAGGUCGCUCAGUGCGGCGACUUCAAAAGGUUGGCAUGAGCAGAGGCUGUUGAAUUUUUACUCUGGUUAAUAUACGACUGUCAGCGAUGAAGUAGAGAAAUUAUGCAUGUUUGAUCAAAAAAACCACAGUUACCUGCAACACACACACACCAACAAACACACACACACACACACACACACACACACACACACACACACACACACACACACACACACACACACCAGAAAUACAAGCACUUGUGACGAGUAGCUCCAGCCAAAGUUUCGCCACUUUCUUUAUUUUUCUGUCUUUCUACCUAGUAAAGUAAAUUGCCUUUUUGGAGCCUUCAGCAUGCCUGGAAACUCACCAAACUUCACACACUCAUCAGGCAUGGUGAAAAUUUCGAUAUUCUUUUGGUCCCGUGCAAAAAGUCAAAAAAAUGGCUCAAUAGCGCCCCCUUCAACACGGUUCAACUUACAUGCAUGACAUUUUUUUCACAUAUCUAUCAGGCCAAGACCUACAAAAAAGAUACCUAAUAUCAUAGUGAAAUCCCAACAGGAAGUUGGCCAUCUUGUUUUUCUUUUUCAGUUUUCCACCUGAUUCGCAAGGGUACGUAUUUAAAAGAUCUUGCCCUAGGCCUUUUCUCCAAUCAAGUCCAAACCACACACAUUUUGUAGUAGACACAUUGACGAUUCAAAGUUAUCAGAAAAAGGUAGCAAAACCUAAAAAUUGAGGGUGUGGCAGACGUUCAGGCAAUGCAUCAAACGCACUUGUCUCGCCAUAAACAGGAAAUUGAUUGAUUGAUUUAUUUUUUAAAUAUUUUUAUUGAGAAAUAUGGCAAAUUUACAAUGACAGAUCAACACCGGAAGUCACAAAAGCAAAAACAUAUAUAGUGAGUGACUAUUACAACGGAAUACUGUGCAUCCAAUGUAUUGAAGUACAAAAAUGAUAACACAACAAGCCAUAAUUUACUUUUUUCAAUUUUUCAGCAAGCAUAGAGAAAAAACAGAAAACAAAACAUGACAUAUCUCCCAAAAAAUAUCCAUAUAUAGUAAUAAUUUUAAUAACAGUUAUAAUGGUAAUAUAUC